AUGCAGGUUAUCCGGGACAUGCUGCGGUUCGUUAGCGGCUCUCAACAUGAAGACAGUGAAGGAAACCCCGGUGAUCAUCCUGAUGCGCACAGCACCCACCACCACAACGAUAAACGUAAACGCGCGCUCUCAACUUCGAGCUCCGAACAUGCAACACGUGUCAGGACACGCGCCUCUACCCAACAAGCCCCUAUGAGCGACUCUGGUCCUCCGCACAAGCCGGGUGGCCAGAAUCAAUUGAAAACCCGCUUCAGAGCGAGGGCGCAGGAAUCUGCUCGUUUGGAUGUUGAAGUUAUUUCAGAUUCCGACCAUGACGAGCACCCCCGAAAAGCACAUGGAAAGACCGUCCCCACCCGUCCGCUCAACCCCCUCAGCGAACGCCGAUACUCGAGCAAUGCUGUAUCUGCAGACGAGCUACGUGAAGAACACAGACUGAUCGGAGGUGCAACGUACGGAUUCGCUACCCGCGGUCAGUUUGUCCCAACUGACCAUCCACCUAGAACUCGGGAAGCAGACGAAAUUCUGGUUGCAGAUCCCAUGAAAGAGGCCAUGACGCGGAAGAAGCCAAAUAUCCCGGGCGGCUUGAAGCCCAUGAACACGACCACGGGACCCAAGAGCUCUGAGAGUACCAGAAGCCGAUACUUCAGUGACCAUAGAGGGAGCAUUGCCGCACCCACGAAAGCCUUUACGGCCUCCACCGACUCCUAUGGCAAUGAGCACACACAUCCAAACAAAAGACUUAAACUCGACACAAGUGCGACACAGCAAAGCCCUGCAGCCUCUCUAGCCAGAUCAAAAACCCCCACACCUAAUCGAGAGGGCCGCAGCAAGUCGUAUGCCAUCAGCCUAGAUGACAGCCACGAUGGAAACACUCCCCUACAGUUUCGGCACCACGAGAAGAGCCUUCAGUCGAGGGAGGUACACGGCUCAAUAGAGAGCAUUCUUGAUGACCCGCACAUGAGCGCUGGUAACGCACGACAUCCCCGCUCAUCCCAUACUCUCGAUGAUGGUGCAGUCAAUUUUGGAGCGCGCAAUAUCAAGCGGAGUUUGCGAGAGUCUAGCAACGGUCCCCUCACCCAUGCGAGAGCAUACGCAGGAAUAAGCGAAGGAGACGAAGGCGCCUAUUUUCUGCAGCAGUCCAAGCGGCAGCGCAAAACCACGUCUACUCAUUCGGAUGAAGCACCGGAGACGCUGCAGGACAAGCCUAAUCGGCCUACGAAGCGGCAACCAGGAAGUCCGGCGUUGACUGCACGGUUCUUCGGCGCGAAACACGUCGAUGUUCCGUCAAGCAGUCCAGAUGCUUUGCAAGAAGAUGAGCCUGACUUGCCCCAUAGGCCCAUUAAACCGCCAACACCUCUUCGAAGUGAUCUGCAGCGUUUGACUCCGAAUACGCGAUUGGCAGACAAGAUACUUGGGAACUCUGACAGCAGCAAACUGGUUCGCCCGAAGGCCAAGAAAUACCUAAGAGCGCCACCAGAGGCCUUUGCUCUAAAAGAGAUUUUGGCUCAUGGACUGAUCAAUACUCCAGAUUAUUAUGAGUUCUGGGUGGAUCCCGAAAAGAAGGACUUCUAUAUCAUGCCCAGACACUCACGAUUGCAGAACGAGUCGUUGAUGACGCCCCGUGACGUCUCUAGUAUUUGCCAGGCAUAUCACUCGGACACCACCGGUUUGCUCCAUCUCAAAUUCCGUGGCAGUCUGGACAAAGUAUCGGAUGCAUAUACGCUUCGGCUCGAGUCCGACAAAAGUGCCUAUGAUCUACUCAAGGCACUCCAGAAAAUACAAGAAAUAGACGAUGUUGUACUGAAAGAAGAUCACUGGAUGGAACGUCUUUUCGAGAAGCGCGCUCGUGCUAUUGACGAAAUGGAUACGUCUGGUACAGCGCAUCAACACAAACCUUCGGAGUCGACCGAUAUCUCUCAUCACUUCAAGCGAAGCGACAAUCCUAUACGACGCCAGCGCACUACGGAUCACCGAGAUCUACCUAGAAGCCAGGCUAAGCAUGCAAGCCCUACCGUGAUCACUGGAGCGGAGCGGAGUGGUCAAUCUGUCAGCCGACCAGAAACUCGUACUCAGAAUUUGCGUCGUGUUGUCGACUCAGAUAAUCGCCAUGAAUUGGAGCCAGACGCGACAGAGGAAUUGGUCGAGCAACCUGCAACAAGUCGAACAACUAGAGCUUCCCGAAGAGCCGCACCACCAAAGCCCAGGACGCCAUCUCCUCCGAAAAUCAAAUUCUCGAAAACUGGCGGUCUUGGUACUCCUUGGGAGAAUGCUUUAGUCUACCCUCCCUCGGGGAAGAAGCGUGAGACGGUAGACUUCGGGAGUCUCGAGCGCCUAGACGACGAUGAGUUUCUAAAUGAUACUCUUAUCGGGUUCUUUCUGCGAUAUUUACAGUAUCAAGUUGAGCAGACUCGCCCAGAGCUCAUGAAAAAGAUGCAUUUUUUCAAUUCUUAUUUCUUCGACAACCUUACAAAAGGUGCCAGGUCAAGGAAGGAUAUCAACUAUCAGUCAGUAUCGAAAUGGACUAAGGCUGUUGAUCUCUUCACGCGUGACUUUGUCAUUGUACCCAUGAACGAGCACCUACAUUGGUUUGUGGCCAUUAUCUGCAACCUUCCACACCUUAAGAGGACAGCGGAUGAUGGAGGGCAUGAGGACAACGGCGCAGAAGACUCCUUGGCUACUGCAGGCGGGCCUGGCUCAGAUGGUACCAACCAGGCCACAAACGAGACUCAGAAGUCCUUCGAAGAGCUCAGUAUCGAAGACAAAGAACCUCAAUUCGGGUCUCAUUCAACAAGCCCACUGAAUAGAUCCGGCAAGAAGGGCAAGAAAAGGAAGCGUCAAUCUUUACCGAAGUACAAUCUCAAGUCACCUGUGAUCAUCAGCCUCGACUCGCUUGGCCAACCCAGAAGUCAAAGCUGCUCAUUUUUGAAGCAGUAUAUUGUCCAAGAGGGCAAAAACAAACACGGCCUUGAUAUCGACGACAAAAAAAUUCCUGCUAUGACUGCCAAAGAAAUACCCACGCAGGGCAAUUUCAGCGAUUGCGGCCUCUAUGUUUGCAUGUAUCUUGAACAGUUCAUGCGUGAUCCAGACGGCUUUGUACGAGCAGUACUCCAGCGUGGAAGUUUACUGUGGCCGAAGCCAAUUCAUAGCAACGAACUUCGAAGCCGGUUACGAGCCCUCAUACUGGAACUUCACCGCGAGCAGGAGGGAGAAGAGGCCAGAAAGCUCAUUCCAGAACUGGGCAGCAUCAUGGUUGAUAUGCGCAUCGCGGAACCCGAGGUGAUCCCCAACAGCCCUCCAGCAGAGAAGGCCGAGUCCGCAACACGUUCCGACAAUGCUCGAGAAGGCCAGACGAGACCGGCAGAUGAAACCCGAAAAGAAAAGAUCGACACGCCCUGGAUGGUCCCUUCGCGCACUACUAACGAGGUCCGGCCUGCAACGCCUGCGGCUUUGAAGCGCCGUCAUGAGGAUGUGUCCGGACAACACAUCGAGCCUAAUGCCAUUCUGAUUGAGGAUGAUAACGAGUCGCCGCCUAGCGUGCGGAGCGCAAAGAGGCACCGGCGAAAGUCAUUGGAUUUUGCAAACCACAAAAGCCCCAAAGAACUAGCUGCGGCUCUACGUCAAGCAAGAGAUUCCGAAUUGGCUGAACGACAACUCAGAGCUGCCAGUGUCAACACCGACUUCAUGAACAGUGAUGCGCCUUACGAAAGGGCUGCCUCCAAUGACCGGCUUAGCCUCCCAAGCUGGAACUCCGAUCAUGGUGAAGGACAACAGGGGCCAUUCGAAGGAGCGAAACCAGACGCGAGGGAGCAGUCUGCUGAAAUUCCAGAGACGCAGGACGAGCAGCUGCCCGAAGUCGAGUUCCAAGGCGCAUCACAAGGUCGUGCAGGCUCUCAAGAGGUAAUAAUUUAG